AUGGAAGAAGGCAGCUCCUCACAGCCAUCCGACGACUAUGAGCCGAGAUAUAAAAUUUCACGACCAAAUCAACAAAUGCGACUUCCUAUAAUUCGGCCUAAAAUCCCGCCGAAAUCCUCAGGCCCACCGGUUCGCCUGAUCACCUCCGCCACUCCACAACCGAUAGCGCCGAGCACAUCGAACCCGCGGCCGCUGAUCUCACUGCUCGAUCGGACAGAGUUUCGCGAUCGGAAUCGACCGGCGCUGGUGCCGACGAGAAUGAUGGCAAAACCGAAGAAGUGCUAUUACACAGAGAUGGCCGAUAUUCGAAAGGAAUUCGGAAUACCCGAAGCGCUGGACACUGUGAAGCCGAACACGAUGAGCGGCGUUGCACUGGCGUCAAAGCUCAACCUCCUACAACGUCUACGCGGCGAGAACAAAUUCCUGCGCGAAUCGAUCGAAACGAGACAAUCCACGUGCGACGAGCGGCUCGAUCAAAUCGAAGGGUCUCGCAACGCGACCGCCGAAGCCGCACAAUUCUGCCAGGCGCUCCGAGACGAUCUGAACACCGUGGAGAUGGAUAUCGCCGGACUACGGGCUCAGGAAGACACAUGAUUUAUUUGGAUUCUGCGGAUUACAAUAAAGUACAUUUAAUAAAGAACAAUAAACCACCGUUUUUUUUUUG